AUGUCGCAGUCCUUCACCCCCGCCGACGUCGCCGCACACAACAGCCCGGACAAGGGCAUGUACAUCAUCGUCGACACGGCCGUCUACGACGUCACCAAGUUCGUCGACGAGCACCCCGGCGGCGCGAAGAUCCUGAAGCGCGUAGCCGGCAAGGAUGCGUCCAAGCAGUUCUGGAAGUACCACAACGAGUCCGUGCUGAAGAAGUACGCGCCGAAGCUGAAGAUCGGCGAUGUCAAGGAAGCUGCAAAGCUGUGA